ACCUCCCACGCCGCACCUCUCGCCAUGCUGCUCGCUCCCACGCUCGUGUGGUGUGCUACCCACUCCCCACGCUGGCACCUUGCAAUAGCCACGUUGGCACUGUCAGCAUCAGCCAUCUCAGCCACGUCAGCAGGGCUGGGCCCCUUUCAACACGCAGUUCCUUCAGAGGCUGCGCUGCAGCUCCAGCUCUUCCUGCUCGCACUCCUCCUGCUGGCGCACCUGCUCUCGCCCCUCGCCACCUCCCUGCGCCUGCCAUGCACCCUCUGCCACGCCACUGCCAGUGCUGCAGCUGCAGCAGCAGCAGCGCACACGCAGCAGCUGGCAGUGCUGCAGGCGGAGGUGCGGUGCGGGCGCGAGGCAGUGCGGGCGGCAGGGGAGGGGAUGCGGGCGGCGGGGGAGGCGAAGGUGCAGUUCAUGGCGAACAUGAGCCACGAGAUCCGCACGCCCCUCCACGCCAUCCUCGCCAUGACCGACCUCGCCCUCGACCACCCCCUCCCCCCCGACGCCCGCGACCACCUCGACACCGUGCUGCAGUCCGCCAACCACCUGGGCCUGGCCUUCCAGUGGGAGGUGGAUGCUGCUGUGCCGCCCGUGCUGCUGGGGGAUGCCAUGCGCCUCAGACAGUGCCUGCCCUUCGCCCCGCACCUCCUCCCGCCCAACAUGGCCCUCAUGCACCUCCCACCCGCCCACUCCCCUUCCUCCCCUUCCUCCACAUUUCCUGCUCAAGCCGCCUCUCCGCCACACCAUUCUCCCACCACCACCACCACCAACCCCGCCACCCUCUCCUCUGCCACCUCUUCUCCUGCCACGGACCUUCCCCCCUCGCCCUCCGCCUCUGCCGCCCCCAACGGCCUGUAUGGUGCACGUGGCGGUGGGAGUGGGCCAGAGGGCGCAGCAGUGCGAGGGGGGGUCGGAGUGGCGCUGCUGUUCACCGUGCGAGACACAGGCGCGGGCAUUGCGGAGGGGCAGCAGCGGCGCAUAUUCCAGUCGUUUGAGCAGGCCGACUCCUCCAUGUCGCGCCAGCACGGCGGCACGGGGCUCGGCCUCUCCAUCACCUCCAGGCUCGUUCACAUGAUGGGCGGCAGCAUUUGGCUGCACUCGUGUCUUGGCACCGGCAGCACUUUUGCCUUCUCGGCCACCUUUGCUGCUUCCUCCCUCGCCCCCUGCUCCCCCCGCCAUGCGGCCCCUCCUCCCCCCCGCCGCACGGUGAGUGCGGAGGAGCUCGACCGCCGCCUCGCCCUCGACGCCCUCUCGCUGUCGCUCCUUCCCUCCCUCCCCCACCGCUCCUCCUCCCGCUCCCUGGCGCCCGCCCUCUCCCCCUCCUCCGCCACCUGCCCUGCCCCCUCGCUCACGGCCCGCCUGCCUGCUGCUGAGCGCAAGGGGUGGGGCGAGGAAAGGCGGGCAGAAGGCGGCUUGGAUGCAGCAGCAGGUGUGGCGGGGGAGCAAGCAGCAGGAGUGCGGGAAGGAAAGGCAGAGGUCUCAGGAGGCGAGAGCAGAGGCAUGUAUGCGAGGGCUGUCACAGCAGGGGUUGGAGGUGGUAGGGGUAGGGUGCAGCAGUUGAGGGGCGGUGAGAGCAGGGCUGGGCGCAGCAGGCGGCGAACACAGAGCUUCACAUGUGGGGAUGCGGCCACAGGGCGCAUGCUGGACGACGUGCUGCUGCGCGCGCGUGAGGAGCAGCAAGCAAUUGAGGAGCAGCACGCUCGCCAGGAGCACCAGGCAGCCAAGCUGCCUCCCGCCAGGCUGACUGCUACUGCUUCCCACACUCAGGGCGCCCCUGCCCCUGCCCAGGAGCAGGAACAGCAGCAGCUGCAGCUAGCAUCGUCUGGAUUGGAACGAAGUAGCAGUGAGGGGUUUACAAUGCGGCGGCGGCCUCUGCUUGUGGUUCGAGGGAGGACUCGGUCCAUGGAGUGUGGUGGGGCAGGGGAGAGCAGGGAGUGGGGCAGUGUGGGCGCGGAGGACAUUGUGAGCGUGCAGAUGAGAGGCAGGGAGGCUACUGGCAGAGGCUCAGGUGGCGCCACCGCCAGUGAGAGCAGUGGUGGCGACGAGGGCAGGCCGCCCGGCAGCAGUCCUCGGCAUGUGCCGCCCCGCCUCAAGUCGUGGGGUCCCGGCAGUGGCAGUGGCAGUGGCAGUGGCAGUGGCAGUGGCAGUGGCAGUGGCAGUGGCAGUGGAGUGCGCAUGGCAGGCAGUCCGCACACAGGGGCGGGUGCCAGGGGCAUAGGGGCCAGAAGCGUUAGCAGCAGAGCAGCAGCCAGCGGGUCCAGCAGCCCUCAUGCACACGCCGGUGCUAGUGGUGGUGGUGGGGCCGAUAGCGCUGCCCGCGUGGUGCCUGGUGGGGCGGAGGCAGGAGUGGCAAAGCUGAGCCGGGUGGUGGAGAGGGAGGACGAGGGGGGGAGCGAGGAGGACGGCCCGGGGGGCAGGUCAGGGCAGCGCAGGAGGAGAGAGAGGCGAGCACAGGUAGGUGGUGCUGGGCGCCUGGCAGCAAUGGAGGGCAGUGCGCAGGAGCAGCGGGGGGCUGGUGUGGGCACGGAAGGGUGGCAGGGCGGUGGGCAGGCUGUGGGGAUGCAAAGGGGAGAUGAGGGGCUGCAGAAGGGGUUGGGUGCAUCUCAGGAGGAAGGAGGCGAGGUGGGAUGGAGAGGCAAGCAUGUAUGGCGGGCCCCUCCCUUGUCGGUGGAUGUGAGUGGGUGUGGGGAAGAGGCAGCAGCUGGGGUGGGCAGCAGCAGCAGGUUUGACGAGUCACUGCCUGCGCCUGGGACGCACAAUGACAAGUCGGAUGCCUCGCCACCAGCGUUAGGCAGUGCCGGCCACGCCCACGGUGAGCCACCCACCUGUGGCCGUGCCAGUGCCUCCCCUAUGCACCCACCCAUCCCUGCAGCAGCUGCGGCAUCACGGCCCAGGGCAGACUCGUCUGUGGCGUUGGGUCGGCAGCGUCAGCUGAAUGCUCGACAGCUCACUUUCCAGCUGCCCGAGGACGCCUCCCCCGACCACACGCCCUCCACGCCUACCUUUGUCCCUCGUAGAGCGUCUCAGGGGCCUCCUGCUGCCUCCACUCUUGCCUCCUCCACCCCUCCCUCCUCCGCGCUGCCCCCCCUGUCCCCCCGCCCCCUGCUCCCGGGCACCUCCCUGUGUGCGCUGCCCGAGCCCAGCACCAUGGAGCCGAGCACCAUGGACGCCAUAUAUGCGCGCAUCCAAGCAGCUGCUGCCGCCCAGCGCUCCCUCGCCCCCGCUCGCUCGCCCCGCACUGGCGCUUCUGCAGGCGCCGUGAGUCGCAGCUUCUCGCGCAGUAGGGAGCCUCCCCCCUUGGACGUGCCGACCACGCCGCUGUCGUCCUCGGCUCGGCGCACUGGCGGGGGCCUGACUCGGCAGAAGUCAGGCGGGCUGGCGCUGCUGCAGCGCCAGGGCACGGGGCUGGCCCGCCAGGGCACGGGGUUGGGGCGGCAGAUGAGCAUGAAGCUGAAGCAGAAGGUGCGCGCCGCCAGCCCGCGGGCGCUGCUGUCGUCGACGGCGCUGAACAUCCUGCUGGCAGAUGACAGCGUGGUGAACCAGAAGGUGGCGGUGCGCUUCCUCAAGAAGAAGGGGAUGGUGGCCGACGCCGUGGGCGACGGCGCUCAGGCCAUCCAGCGACUCUACCCCAAAGACGGCGGCAUCACGCCCUACGACCUGCUGCUGCUGGACGUGCAGAUGCCGGUGAUGGACGGUCUUCAGACAGUGCGAGUCAUCCGCGAGAAGGAAAUGGCAGAGAAGCUGCCCCAUCUUCCAGUCAUUGGCCUGACAGCCCAUGCAGCUGACGUGUACCGCGACCAGUGCAUAUCCGCAGGCAUGGACGGCUUCGUCUCCAAGCCGUUCACUGUGAAUCAGCUGCUGAGCAUGAUGCAGUCGGUGCUUGAAAAAUACUCGUAUAAACGACUCCCACCUGAAGCUAUGGCAUCAUAGUUGAAAUGCAACACGUUUACUGUACCUUUACAAAGAGUAAUUUAUUGCAGCUGAUCAGUCCUGUAUGUAUCAGAGAAACAACAGCUCAUAUGGUGUUUUCAGGAAGUUGAAUGUGCACCCUUGCAUUGUUGGAAACACA